UUCAAUUUGUUGUUGCACUUUCUGUUUUGGACUUUGAAACGUCGCCUCUCGAGCUUAAACAACAAUAGUUACCCAAUUUGAAAGCCAUCGAGUGGAUAGCCAUGUUCCGGACCCGGGUGCACCGUAAUCUGUCGUGGAUAUCGACGAAUUCGUCGAGGACAACGACCACUCAUGGCCAGCACUACCAGUACCUGCAAUGUUCCAAGCUGCCAACGCUGUACUUUCAGCGCUCCUUGCCGCGAUUGCCCAUUCCGCUGCUGGAGAACAGCUGUCGACGUUUCCUGGAGGCCACCAAGCCACUGCUCUCCCCGGCGGAGCAGGCGGAGACCCAGCAAACGGUGGAGCAGUUCCGCCAGGGGAUCGGCAUGGAACUCCACGCCAAACUCAAGAGCCAUGAUGCAGAGAACAAGCAUACCAGCUACAUCUCGCAGCCCUGGUUCGACAUGUAUCUGGCCGAUCGAGCUCCCCUGCCCCUCAACUAUAAUCCGCUGCUGGUGAUGAAGAGCGACACGCGACCGGAGUACCAGCAACAGGUGGUUAGGGCUACCAACCUGAUCAUCAGCUCGCUGCGUUUCUGGCGAUCUCUGCAGUCGGAUCUCCUAGAGCCGGAGGUAUACCACAUGAACGCCAAGAAGAGCGACACUGCCAGCUACCGCCGGUGGAUGAAGGUGGCACCCAAAGCCUUUGCCACCUACGCGUCUUAUGCCUUUAAGGCCUUCCCGCUGGACAUGAGCCAGUACAACCGGCUUUUUGGCACCUCCAGGAUUCCUAGGAUCGGCAAAGACGAGCUGGUUCAGUCACCGGACGCCAAGCACAUUCUGGUAAUGCGACGCGGUCACAUGUACGCCGUGAAUGUACUGGACUCGAGUGGAUACAUCGAGAGUCCCAGUGUGAUUCUGGGUAGACUGAGGGCUGUGCUUAAGCUGGACUCAGAUCGUGAGGCAGCCAGCGUUCCACUUGGUGUUCUGACCGCCGGACAGCGUGAUGAGUGGGCCAAAACAAGGCAGCAGUUUGUUAGCAACUCCAAAAAUGCCGAUCUUCUGGAGAGAGAGGUGGAUGCGGCUCUGUUCUGCGUUUGUCUGGAUGGCGAAGAAGAUGGAGUCUUUGACGAAAACCAGCAGGAGCCGCUCCUCAAGCAUUUGCUGGCGGGAAAAGCGCAGAAUCGUUGGUUCGACAAAUCCAUUUCCCUGCUUAUAAGUGCGGAUGGAACAACGGCUAUAAACUUCGAGCACUCGUGGGGCGAUGGAGUGGCUGUGCUUCGCUACUUUAACGAGCUCUACAAGGACACUUUGAAGCAGCCGUUUGUAUCCACGGAGACAGUGCACACUCCCGCCGAAGGCGAUUUUGCCAACGUGCGGCCCAUCAACUUCGAGAUCGACGAUGCCACCAAGUCGGCCGUUUCGGAGGCUUAUAAUAAAAACGCCAGCAUUGUGGAUAAUCUGGACAUGAAUCUGCUGAAGUACCCACACAUCAACAAGCCCACAUGCAAGCACUAUGGCCUGAGUCCGGACUCCAUCAUUCAGCUGUCCUUCCAGCUGGCUUAUCGCCAAGCCUACAGUGGCUAUGUGGGCAGCUACGAGUCCUGCAGCACAUCCGCCUUCCGACACGGUCGCACCGAAACGAUGCGACCGUGCACCAACGCCACACGGGACUUUUGUGAAGCUAUUCUCCAGCCGGAGAGGAGCAAGCCCAGCGCCGGAGAGCUCCGAGCGAUGAUCGACAAUUGCAGCAAGGUGCAUGGCCAGUUAACCAAGGAGGCGGCUAUGGGCCAAGGCUUUGAUCGGCAUCUCUUUGCCCUCCGGCACACGGCCCAAAAGGAGGGAAUACCAAUUCCCGAUCUCUAUGAGACUGAGGCUUACAAGCGCAUUAAUAACAACAUCAUUAGUACCUCAACACUGGGAUCAGAUGCCCUGCUAGCGGGUUCCUUUGGUCCGGUGGUCAAGAAUGGCUUCGGAAUCGGCUAUUCGAUUCAGAACGAUUUUGCCGGCGCCAUUGUCACCACGUACAAAAACCAGGCCGAUGGGAAGGUGUUCAUAGACAGUCUGGAAACGGCAUUUGAUAAAAUUUGCGCUGUCAUCCAGCAGAGCAGCAGUAGCAAGAAGUAGGAGGAAAUCCUGAGGAGUCCGACCCCGAAUCCAAUGAAUAUGGCUUUAACGUAACAGGGAGAUUUAUUUUGAUGCUUUUACAUUGUAUCCCAUGUGUCUGAAUUGCAAUAUCUUAUUCCUAGCUCUACAAUUUAUAGAUUAUACACUGAAAACAUUCUACCCCAUCUAAA